GAGGUUGCAGUGGCGGUGAUGGCGCUGUACACGGACGCUCGCCUGUCGCGGUGAACCAGACGGGAAUGGAAGUGAGAGCAGAGCUGCACAACACAGAGAAGACACAGUGCAAUGAAUAGCCUGAAGGAGAUGGCCCACCGUGCACACCAGAUUGAGAAACUUAUUUCAGGAAACAACAUCCAGGACAUAAAGUGCCUCCUCGGUGACAUCGAGGACAUUCAAGUCACCCCUGAAGUUCUCCAGGAGACGGACUUGGUUAAAGCGGUAUACAGAGUCCUAAAGACUUGCCCAGAUGCUAGUAUCAGGGUAAAGGCACGGAGACUAUUGUCUGCAUGGAAAAAGUUGUACAAGAGAUCGAAUUUCCAGGGAAAAUGUCCGGAAGACAAAGCAUGUGAAGGUACGGAAAAGAAGGAGCUGUCAAAUGAAAUGGGUCAAGGGAAAGUGAAAUUUGAACAUGAGACUGAUUCUACCUGUCGAAAUCCCACACAACAAACCGAAGAUACUCAAAUUACAACAGCAACUGACAUUAUCCACAAUCUCCUCACAAAUGAAAAAGCUCAUGACAUGAAGGAUCCUGUAACAGAAGGUUUUGUAGGAAGUGACCAGGAUUCAGCACCUAAACAGCUGUGUACAUUAGGUAUUGAUGCAGUGCGGACUAAGUGUGUGGAACUACUCUUCCAAGCUUUAAUUGGCUCGGAGACAGUUGACGGGACGCUGGUUGGAAUAUGGCAGGGAAUUGCCAAAGAAAUUGAACAAUCCAUAUAUGCAAUUCACUUGAAAAAUACCAAAAAAUACAAAGCUUGCAUUCGGAGCAGGAUUUCAAAUUUAAAGGACCCUAAAAAUCCCCAUUUAAGACAGAGAAUACAGUUAGGAGAAAUAACUCCACAGAUGUUUGCUGCGAUGUCGGUGAUGGACAUGGCAAGUGAGGAGUUGAAGCAUCUGAGAGCGUUCUACACCACAUCUGGGCUUCAGAAUCAUCAGCUGCCUCAAUGUUCAGAAGGAAUCAAGACAAGCAAAAUCAGAUGCAGACGGUGCGAAAAAUUUAACUGUACGGUGACAGCAAUUGCCAGAGGCACUCUGUUUAUUCCAGCUUGGGUGCAAAGAGGAAACCCAGACGAACAGAUGAUGACUUUUAUCAUUUGCAAUGAAUGUGGAGAACAAUGGUAUAACAGUGGCUGGAUUUCAGUUUAGACUUGCCAAAGGAUCACAAAGGAAAUUUGUCUGAAGAAAACAUAGCAAAUAUGUACAGGAGUAGGCCGUUCGGCCCUUCGAGCCAUUCAAUAUGAUCACGGCUGAUCAACCAAAAUCAGUACCCCGUUCCUGCUUUCUCCCCAUAUCCAUUGAUUCCG